AUGUUCACGAACAUGGCCCUGAGGAGUGUCCUGCGGUCCUCUGGAUCUAUGAUCCGGGACCGGAGCGGGGUCUGUCCGUCUCUGUGUCCGUCUCUCGCGUCUGCAGCGACGGCGACGGGAUCCAACCUUAAGACAGGAGGCUUUGCAGAAAAACCACUCGUGAGACAUUAUGCCCGAGCUGCAAAGAAAACCCUCACUGCUUCCCCAACUCUUCUGAGCGACCUGACACCGAGCAUGUUGAAGCUGGACUAUGCAGAUGUCCCUCUGGCUCAGACGACCAAUGAUCUCGUCAAGAGGCUCAUCUCCCUGGACCUGGCGAGCCACAAAGAAAAACUCCAGCUGAAAAAGGAGAUGCUCAUAUCCAAGGUCCAGAGGGAUGAAAACGACCGUAAUUCAGAGGAGGUUCGAGUGGCUGUUCUGACGGCAAGGAUCCGCAACUAUCAAGAUCAUUUACAAAUACAUCCCAAGGACAAGGCGAACAAGAGGCGCAUGCUGAUGGCCGUGGACAAGAGGAAGAAGAUGUUGAAGAAGCUGAGGCUGCUUCGUUACGAGGCCUUCGAGAAAGUGUGCGAGCAGCUCGGCAUCACUUACACCUUUCCCCCAGAGUAUCACCGGCGGGUCACUCGACGCUGGCUCGCUAAGAAGGCUUUCUGUUUAAAGGUCUUUAAAGAAGUGCAGAAGAGAAAAAGAGAAGAGAAAUUGAAGAUGAGGCAAAACCGAGACACGCCCAAAACGACUGUGAUUGCAGUCACAGGACGUUUAGAGCAGUUGCAGAGUUUCCUGUGUGUUUCAGAUGUGCGUUUGUGCGGCGAGCGAGCACAGCAUCCGACUCCAGGGAUUUCUGUGCCAAGAUCACGUCCCAACUCGAUGUCGAACCCAGUGAUAAGUCAUCAGCCGGGCGCCGGAGGCUUUGGCACAAAUGUACAGACCGGACAGUGGAGCACCCAGCUGUGCGCAUGCUGCAGUGAUAUUCCCAUCUGCUUGUUGGGGUUCUUCUGUGGACCUUGUCUACACUGCUACACUGCUAAUAAAUAUGGGGAGAGUUGCUGCCUUGGCAUCUUACCCGGUGGAAUGACUGCAAUCCGGACCCACAUGAGGCUCACUUAUGGUAUUCAGGGAUCGAUAUGUAAUGAUGCCUUAAUGACGUUUUUCUGUGGAAUUUGUGAAAGCUGCAGAAUGGCAAGAGAAGUUCGCAUCAGAAAUGGAGAAGUAGACGCGAGCAGAUAA